AGUGACGUAACGGCCAAUCCAACUUGUAUGUCAGUGGGUUUUUGCAUUUUUAAGUCAUUUUCUGGUAAAUAAAAUUGAAUUCACAAAAUAUUGACUGAAAAAUGGCCACAUUUAUUCAAAAAAGCGUAUUGACUAUAGGAUUCGUCUCAUUAUUCCAUUCAGCAUAUUCUGCAGCGCAACAUCGAUCAUAUCUCAGAUUAAAUGAAUUGGAUUUCACGCAUUUACCAUUGGAUAUACUUAUUCAGACAAUCCUAAGUUUGUUCAUUAUAAUGUAUGGCGUUCUGCAAGUAGUAGGAGACUUCAAAGAAAUAAAGGCAUCUGCUGAACUGGAUAACAAGUCGUGGGACACAUUCAGGAACAUCCCUUCAUUCUACACUUUCUCUCACCGGGGAGGAAAGUGUUCGACUCCUUGUAAGACAAGUUUAGAAGAAAUCGAAUGAUUUUUCUCAACUGGACCGUGUUAAUAUAAACAAAAUAGGCUCUUUCCUUUCGGUGAAAGGUCUCUAAGGUUACCACAUUCUAUUCAAUCACACUUUUACUUUCAAUAAGUGGAAUGUGUAGAAUUUCCUCUAUGCAAAAUAGUUAUUAAAUAUUUGUUACGAAGUUCUUUAUAGAA